AUGAAGUCCAACCUGGAUCUUGUGAAUGAUACUGAUGGCUUCCCAUACGGGAACGGACCCAUCACCAUCGAGGGCCAGGGCCUCUUCACCCUGCUCUGGCGCGACGCCGACGGCGAGUACCCCAUCGGCUAUGUCCUCGACCGCGUGGUCGAGGUCUUCACGCAGCUCCCGGCCUCCCUCACCGGCAACCUGCGAGUGGACCGCGCCGCGCGCACGCUGCUCAUGUUCCAGGACCUGGCCACUGAGCCCGCGCGCACCGCCGCCGUCGCCGCCCUGACGCAGCACCUCCGCGAGCAGAACAUCUUUCCCCUGCUGUGCGGCUGGCGCAACGAGCCCUGGCCCGUCCACGGCCGCCGGGGCGAGCUGCUCUUCAGCGUGGAGCGCGCGGCAGUCGGCCUCUUCGGCACCGUGCGCUACGGCGUGCACCUGACGGCGUACGUCGAGGACGCAUCGGCGCCGCACGGCGUCCGGAUCUGGGUGCCGCGCCGCGCCGCCAACAAGUCGACGUUCCCCGGCAUGCUGGACAACACGGUCGCGGGCGGGCUCAUGACGGGCGAGGACCCAUUUGAGUGCAUGGUGCGCGAGGCCGACGAGGAGGCGAGCCUGCCCGAGGCCGUCGUGCGCGCGGGGACCACGCCCGCGGGCACCAUUACGUACAUUUACAUCACCGACGGGCCCAACAACGGCGAGGCUGGCUUCGUCUACCCCGAGGUGGAGUGGGCGUAUGACUUGAAGCUGCCGGCGGACGUGGUGCCGCAGCCCAAGGACGGCGAGGUUGACGAGUUUUACCUGUGCGACGUGGACACGAUCCGGCGCGACCUGGCGGCGGGCGAGUACAAGACCAACUGCGGCGUGGUGAUGCUGGACUUUUUUAUCCGCCAUGGCAUCUUGACGGCCGAGGAGGAGCCGCAGCUGGCGGGGAUUGAGAGGAGGAUGCACAGAGAGCUGCCGUUCCCGGGACCGCAUUGGAGCAACUGGCACAGUGCGUGA